AUGGCACCACAGUUCCCCAUCCUUAUCAAGAGGAACAUCCACUUCCCCUGCUUCGGCUUCUCCAAGGACGUCCAUGUGGAAGAGAUCAAUGUGGGGCCUAGGGAUGGAGCAAGUAGACCAGGUGGGGUGGUCAUCAACUGGAACUGUAACCUGGGCCUGCCUGAAACCGACUGCAACCCCCACUACUCCUUCCACCGCCCCGAUCCCAAGACCACUGUCCCAGGCAGUGGCACUUGCAGUCCUGCAUCCUCCUCCUGCCCUCCCUGGAGGUCUGCGAAGUAUUAUAAAUGGAACAGGACCCACACACGAGUGUUGAUCAAGGCCUGUGGGAUCCAUAUUGAUGUCAUCGUGCAGGGCCAGGCAGGGAAGUUUAGCCUGAUCCCCACUGUCAUCAACCUGGCCAUGGCUCUGACCUCGCUGGGAAUGGGCUCCUUCCUCUGGGACUGGAUCCUGCUGAGCUGCAUGAACAAGGACCAGGUGUACAGCAGCAGGAAAUUUGAGCAGGCACCACCCUAG